AUAAAAAAACUGAGUAAACAAGACAUUUAUGAUGAUAGAAAUCAUCAUAUUUAUUAUCAUAGCACUGAUUGUUAUAGGGUUGCUUCAGAGUCUACAUGUUGAUAAUUACAGUAAAGUAAAGGUAACAGAUACUGAAGAUAACAAUUCAAUUACCACUGAUGCACUGGAAAGAAAGACAUUGAAUAUAGGUAAUAAAGAUAACACAAAUUCGAAACUACAAACUAGGGGUGAUGACGAAAAAUUAGUACAGCCUACGAACAGAACCACUCACUUAUAUCAGCACAAUUAUCUAGACCAGCGUGUUGUCAAACAUAACACAAAUUCGAAACUACAAACUAGGGAUGAUGACGAAAAAAUAGUACAGCCUACGAACAGAGCCAAUCAUUUAUAUCAACAUAAUUACUUAGACCUGCGUGUUGUCAACAACUUAUACUUAAAUUCAUCAAAAGCAGACGUCAUUAAAAGAAACGUGUCAGUUCCACGUAAACCACGAACUACAAAGUAUGUUUUGUAUGAUACUGACCGACUUCGAUGUUUUGUUUCUAGAAAAGAGACACUUCUCAAAAAGGCAGAGGAAAUCAACACAGCAACUGGAUGUGAUAUAUACUUGGAAGUGAGAUACGAAGAGAAACCACAUAUAUACAAAUCAGAGACUUUUCAGAAUUACAGCCUUAAACAGGAGGCUAUGGAUAUAUCUCCUUCUGAUGACAAUAGACGCUCACAAAAUAAACGAGGUAAACGAAGACCCGAAUCUGACGAUGAUUUGGAUACUGAAGACAACAAAUUGUCUCCUGUAAAGAUACCGAAAACAAUAGAGCAUAAAAAUAGUGGAAACCGAAAACAAACGGAAAAUGAAAUGGAAACAGAGGGCGACGAAUGUGUUUGUAAUAUUUGUGGAGAGUAUGAAGAUGAUGAUGAUAAAGAUGAUGAUAAAGGCCCAUGGGUCAAUUGUGACUACCAAUAUGAAGAUUUAUCAUGUUGUAUGUACACAGCACAUGUGACAUGUCUAGAAUUGGAAGAAUAUCCUCAACACUUUCUCUGUUCAGAACACAUGGAAUAGUUAAUAGGUUAUAGAUGUAUUCUUUAAAUCGAGCUUCAGUUGUUAUCUUUUAAAAGAUUUAUUCGUAUUUCUAUAACACUAAUAGAUUCCUUAAGAGAAAGUUAAGUUCGAAAUAAUUUCAGCUUUAAUAGAAAGGGAAGAGGAGAAAUAUAUCCAUUGGCCUCAAAUAUAUUCAAACUGUUCGUUACACUGUUAUUUUCAAUGAACAAUUGUAAUAUGAGACAUGUAUCCAGA